AUGAAACUCAGUAGAGCUAGUCCAGCCUGUGGGAAUUGCAGAUCCCGAAGGAUUAAAUGCAACUUUCUCAGACCACGGUGUAGCCAGUGUGCUCGAGCCGGUCUGGAAUGCGGUGGUUACAGGUCCCGGUCGGAGCUUCUAUUCCGGGACCAAACGAGAUCAACCAUUGCCAAGGUGCAUCAUGAAAACUCAAGAGUGAUGCAUACCCACAGCCCCGCGACUUGUGGAGAUCUGCCAGCGAAACCGACAUUCCAUGUGGAUGGACUUGCACAGAAAGUCUUCACUGAUAACUUUCCGGUCUUUGGUGAAGGAUGCAAGAGUUGGAUGGAAGUUCGGGCGAUUCAGCCCUCGCCUAGCACCAUCAGUCUUACAUCCGUUGGCCUGGCUGCACUUGCCCUGGUCCACAAAGAUCCACACAUGAUGGAUCUAGCACGACGAAAAUAUCAUUCUGCGAUUGGAUCUCUGACAACAGCCAUCUGCCACCAUGGUGCAACUGGAGUAGAACAAUCUAUUGCUGCAUGCUUCAUUCUAUCGAUUUUUGAGGUUUUAACGUGCGACAAGUCCUCCGUUUCCAAUGCAUGGCCAAAGCAUAUCCUUGGAGCCACUACGUUCCUAGGACUUAUAUGUUCAGAUAUUGCAUUUCCACAAUCACCGGUCCCCGAGAUUAUAGACAUCUGCUUCAAUACUGUUAGUGAUUACCCGUGUCGAAAUUCCAAUUCCCUACUGAUAAUUCCUGAAUCCAAGGCGUUAGCCUGUCUUGUCAGUGAUAUAACAGUGCCGUCAUUUCUACUCAAUCUAUCAGAUCGAUUCGAACAUCUGAAUACAAUAACAGAUGACCAAAGGCCACUGGAAUUGGCGAUGCAUCUCUUUGUCAUCAUCGGCCAGCUAGUAAACGUCCGUCAUUCGGCAAAUCGCAAAAUGUUCACAUCGAGCUCAAUUGUCGCAUUUGCCACACAGAGCAUUCAAACCCUCAACGGUUGGGCUGAUGCCCUUCCUGCUUCGUGGAAAUAUGAUAGGGACAUCGGAAAGGUAUACGGUACUUAUUCGAACGUCUGGUACGCGCGAAUCUGGAACUACUACCGCUUGGCUCACAUACUCGCCAAUCGAAUCUUGCUCGACCAUCUCGAUUUCUCAUCCCAAGGCCAAAGUGAAAAGUUGAUUGCCACCAUCUCGGACAUUUCGUGGGAUAUUUACAACACACUACCAUUUUUGUUUGACUCAGAACGUACUACUUCUGCUUCGCUACCACUUUCGACCACCUUGUUUUAUAUAACAAGUAUUGUGCAGUCAUUGGCAAAAGUGACAGAUAAAAUUGCCUUGUUUGAAGAAUGGUCGAUUCCAGCAAGCAGUGUACUAGGGGAGAGGUUUAACCUCACGAGGGAUAUCGUGAUUCGAAAUCUUCGCCAGGAAUAUGGUUAUGGGUCUCAGUUGGAGGUUGUUCGAGCAGUUUGA